AUGUAUCGGAAGUUGUCUAAGUUAGAACACUCGGAAAUAAAACAACUUCUUACAGAAGCUAAUAUAGAUGUUGCAAAGCAUUACGCAACAAACAAAAAAGCACUCGCUGACUUCAUUAAAGACUAUAAUGGUGCAAUAAGUUAUGAUAGAAUUCAUGAGUUCAUAAAGCCGCAACGCGGCGAGGACGAAGUCCAUGCAAGAGCAUUUCCUUUAAAUGACAUUGCUAUUGACUUAUAUCAUAGACGUUCAGUACCUCAUGAAGUAAGAAGAGAGAUGUUUGACAUAACAAAUGCAAACGUUGGUGAAACAAGAAGAGCUGUACCUCAUGAAGUAAGAAGAGAGAUGUUUGACAUAACAAAUGCAAACGUUGGUGAAACACGAAAGAGAGAUGACACACUGAAACAACAGAGAAGAGAGAUGUUUAAAAGUGCUAUAGAACAAGUUCGCAAAGCUAACGAUGUCAUUCGUUCCAUUGACGACAAACCAAAAGAAGGUGAGAGAUGGUUAAAGAAAGAUGAAGAGAAUAGGAAGAGAAAUGUGAAGUCAGGCAAUAGACUCAUUGACUUUAACAUCGAAGCUUUAGAUGAACCAAACAGAGACUACUUACACAAACAUUUCGGUAAGGUUUUCAUGAGACUCUUAGAGAAAAUUAAAAUAAACUCGCAACAGAGAUGGAUGGUAUGUUAUAAACUUGGUGGAAAGUAUGAAUGUUCUACGUUAAACCUCAAUAAUAUUGGAACAUUACUACAUCAGCUCUUGAAGGAGAACUUUAUAUCAGAGAUAG